GUUCCUUGAUCCCAGGGCCAGAGAAGUAAUGCGUGCUGCAUCAAUGUCUGAAUAAGAGAAGGCUGCUUAUCCUCCAUUGAACUUUCACUCACUACAGGUGCUUGCGACUCUGCUGAUUCCAUAGACAAAAGGUUUUAUCUUCCUCUUGCUCGGGAUCUUGGUGACUAUGGCUUCUGGAAACAGUGAUCGUAAUGAAAAAUUUGCUGCUAAAAAAAGUAAACCUAUAGCUCAAGGAGAUAUGAAAAAGAUGGUUUCUGUGCAGAAAGCAAGAUACUUGGCUUAUGAGCAGCCCAGCAAAGAAGUGGAGGCCUCGCUACACCUUACUCAAACUCGGUUGAAAGAGCAUGCAUUGAAGUCCUACAGUGAGCCAUCUAGGAAGACGCAGGACCCCGAGCAAGAAAAACAAGCCAAAGUGAUAGGGCAGCUGAAAGCCGCAGAGGCACGAAGCCGCAUACGUCUAAUGAGAUUUCGCUUCCAGUGCAUGAGAGCCCAGGAAUUAAAGCAUCUGAUCGCAUGCCAGCCCACGGCUCGGGACGCCAUCAGGCUGGAAGUGUUCCUCCCAUCACGGCCAGACACAGGGAUUUACAAAGACUCGUUGGACAGAGUCCAGAGAGAACGGGUUGAAGAGCUCCUGGAAGAUGGCUUUGGGCUUCUCACUAAUAGGAUACCGUGAUCUCUCAUCAGCUGCUUGAGACUCAGGACAGAGAGCGUCUCCUGCUCCCACGUACAUCUAACAUGGAUAAUCCAUUAACUCUUAACUGGACGCCCUCUUUCAUGACAAUAAAUUAUGUCUCCAUUAAACUGAGCAGAAGAUUAAGUGUUUUGCUGCCUCUGACAACAAGCUAAAAGGCACUUGUGACAGUAUUGUUAUGCCUUUGUGUUCUUUCAAUACAUAGUGUGAUGUUCAUUCUACAGAUGCCACAUGUGCCUUUAUCCAGAGCACUUUACAUAAUGACAGAUACAACUGCCUGUGAUGCUGUACAGGAUAUGUCACAAUGCCACCACACGCAAGAUGACAAUUUGUGAAAACAAAAAUCCUCAUAUGAUUCUUUGUCUCUAGAAACCCCACUUAUGUAAAGUUUUCCAGCAUGGGGGGCUGUGUGGCCUGUAUCUUGUAUCCACUGACUGCCGUCAUUCUAGUGGGCAUCACUAACCCUGGGCUUGGCUGACACCUGCUGGUUGAGUUUUAAACCACAGCCCCUGCCCCCAACCACAGCCCCCACAUUCUGUCAUUUUAACCCCCUGGUGCUUCGUAAGUACACAGCCAUCCCCUUUUGCAGCCAAAAGAUACAUUUAACCUCUUCAUCUCUGUAAGAUUCAAUCCCUUCAAAUUAACAGUUUUAUCUUGCAAAGUGACUAUAUGCUUGGUUCACCCAAUUGUGAUUUAUCUUCUCUGUGAGCUUCAAUACAAGAUAGUCAUCCACCCCCUUACCUCCCCAGUGGUAUACCCCCCCUCAUGUCAGUACUGCUAAUAUAUGCCAUAGCUGUGAUUUAUAGAGCAUUGCUGUGAGCUUGCCACUACAGCCACUAUAGAGGUGAAUGUUAAUUCUCUCCCUAAGGAUCCUUAUCUCUGCAGCUUCCUAGGUAAUUUAAAUAACUAUACAUGAAAAAAUAAUCCCACAGACAAACUGCAUGAAUUCAAUAACCCACUGUGUCCCUCAGGACAUGAGAUUCAUUUAUGUGGCCCACAAAAUGCUCCAAGGAUGACCAGGAGAUCUGAAGAUCAAACCUGGUUUGCAGUUUUUACUAUUCCAGGCUUAUAGGCUGUGAAUAGUUCCUAAGUGAAAGCAUAUAAGUCCCUCCAUACAUUUAGCGCCACCUCCCAUCUUUGUGUUCCAUGACCUUAUGCUUAUUUAGUAUUGCUAUACUUAUUUUCAAAUGAAACAUCCAAUGCAAUUUAAAUGUGCAAUUUUAUGUGUCUCUUGGUAUUUACAGCAAUGGCAGCAGUUUUUACUUGUCCUUUAACUUAAUAAUUGUGUAGAAAUUUUAUUACUGAGAUUUGUCUUUUAUCUGAUUGCUUGCAACCAGCGUUUUAAAGGUUGACAUUGUCAAA